UUUCCCCAGUUGAACCGAAACUCCUUACACUAGCAGAAAAUACCUGCCCAUAUAUGAAAGGAAUUCUUUAUGUGAAAUAGUAUUAAGGUAAUCAUCAGGUUACUAAACAACUCAAUGAAUAAAGUGGGUUUUCCCCAUAGCGAAUAUAUGCAUAUUCUCUUCGGUUCGCGCUAUAUAAUGCGCUGAGAAUUGACUCGAAUUAUCAGUCAUUAGCACUAAGGUGACAGAGAAACAUACAGUGCAAACACUUCCAAAAUAAUCAAUCUCAGUUUUUUUAAACACACCAUUAAGCGUUAUAAAAAUCAAGAUGCAAUUGAAACUCCACACAUUGGUUGCAAUGCUAAUAUUCUUCCUGCUAGCUCAUCAAACUAGUGCCAGACCAGCGGCAAUGCCCAAUCCAGAGGAUUCUAAAGAUUUAAUGAAUAAAUUGAAGAGUAUCUUCAAAGUUGGAGACGGAAUUAUGGUGUACAACACAGCAACAACAAGUGAAGGACUUGAAGAUGACGAAAUUAUUUGCGCUGAACGUAGGAAUGGAAAAUCACUUUGUAAACCGAUUGACAGUUUAAUGGAGGCUACACGUCUGGAUAAAAUUGAUCCAGAACAAUUUGCUAAAUUGAAAGAAUUAAUUUAAUUAAUGCUUAAAUAAUUUAGAAAUAUUAUAAGAAAUUUGUAUAAUUAGUUUAUAUUUAUUGUAAUAUAGUUUAAUUUGGAAAAUGUGCGAAACAUUCUCAGAGUACAGAAAAAUAUAGCAAUUAAAAGAAAUAUUUUGUUCGUUUAGAUCUUUUAAUUUUAUGAUUUAAUAUAAGAAGACUAAGUCUUGUUAAGCGUUCUUGUGAAUUACAAUUUGCGACUUUCUUUUUUCGAAUAACAUUAAAGAAUACAUUCAAAAACCUGAAGGAAUCGAUUUAUAAGACUUGAAAUAAUUUGUUUUCAGUUCAGUGCAACAGCUACAUAUGUAUGUCAAUUGCAUGCAAUCCGAAUUGAAUUGUCCAACACAAAGGAAGCUUUAUUUGAAUUACUUUCCUUCUGUUUAGGAAAAUGUUUUAAUAUACAAAAAAAAGAGACAAAGGUCCAGGCACGCAGUACGUACAUAUAUAGUUUAUGCGCAUAAAAGCAUUGCUGAGGGUUCAAUAACGAAAUUACAGUGACAGGCAGAAAGGUAUAUUUAGAAUUAGAAUUAUAACUUCAACGUCUUUAAAUAGGAAAAUACAAUUUUCCAACUCUUUAGAGCUUUAAUGUAAAAGUAAUACUUUUAAUAUAUAUUUUCAAAUUUCAAAAGGCCUUCCGCUGAGACAGGGUUAUUUUAAGUCAUAAAUACUGAUUCUAAAUGAACUGGACCGUGAGGAAGAACAUAAAUAAAGGCAUUUCGGCUCAUCAAUUGUCUGGGGAUAUCAGACGUACACUUAACCCAAAUGAAGUAUACAGGGGCAGUCAUAUGUGAAGUUCUUGGUGAUCAG